UGGACAUAUUUAGUCACCACCUGUGUUUUCUGUGUUCUUGAGGUCACUUUAGAGUAAAAGAGAAGAAUAAAUGUAACAUAUUUGGACGACCAACAUUCAGCAUAUUGGAAGGAUGAAAGACAGAUUUGGCCAACUUCAGGAUGCGUUGGACGAGCCUGGAGGAGGAGGAGGUUACACCAAUGAGGCCUUCACCAAUGUGGACCUGGACCUAGAUGACCUGUCUGCCCAUUCGGGCAGGAACCGUGCAACAGUGGCGCCUGACAACGACCCUGAGCUGAACAGCAUCCUCCAGGAGGCCCAAAAUGUUCGGCAGGAGAUCCAACAGAUCCAGGAAGACCAUGCCCAGCUCCGGGACCAGAACUACCACGCCUUGAACAACACAUUUAUGGACGACACCAGUGAUGUGAUCAGGGACGCCAACAACAUUGCAACAGACAUCAAGGUCAGAGGAGGGGCUGUGUUGCAGAGGCUACACAGGAUGAACAGGGAGACCAGGAAGCUGGAGGUUCAGCGAGGUAGCACUGACCACGUGGUACGCAUCGCCCGGACGCAGUACACCAACCUGAGCACCACCUUCAGGGAAGUGAUGUUCGACUACAACGAGACAGAGCUGGGACACAGGGAGAACUGUAAGAAACUGAUCCAGAGACAGAUGGCGAUUGUGGGCAGAGACGUCACGUCUGAGGAGGUUGAGGAGAUGAUGGAGAGCGGGCAGCAGUUGAAUAUCUUCAACGCCCUGGCUGAUGGGACGGCAAAGUCGGCACUGACGCAGAUCGCUAGUAGACACAAAGAGCUGCUUGACCUGGAGAAGAGGAUCCAGGGGGUUCAAGAGCUGUUUCUGGAUGUGGCUGUGCUGACAGAGGAACAGGGAGCGGUGCUCAACAACAUCGAGACCAACGUACAAAAGACGGAGGCGCCUAUCGCGGGUGCCAGGGUUCAACUGAACAAAGCCAAAAGAUAUGACAAGAACAAUCCCAUCAAGAAACUGUGCUGUUGCUGCUUUCCAUGUUGCAAAUGAUUGUAUAUCUCAUCUGAUACAUUGUGUAUGUGAUACAUUCAUUAUCUUGAUAUUAAUGUAAAUAAUAAGAUUUUUUUUAAAGAAAGCAGUGGGACUGGGAGGUUGGCCUGCAAUAAGGCCAGAUAACGAUGGAUAACCAUUGCCAGGAGGGAAAUACUGUAUGAGGGAUGCGUGGAAGGGCCUAAAAACUCUCUGGACUACCAACCAAACGACACUUUCAAUCAAAAGAACAUUGCAUUGAGUUUGCAGAGAGUCUGAACUCUUUCUAUUCUAGGUUUGAUAAUCUGGACUUUAGUACUGAGAAGGAUGAGCUGCUGUGUGAACUCUUAUCAUUAGCACAAUGGGACGCUGAUUUGGUAAUAGAGGAAGCAGAUGUUGAUAGGGUUUUAAAAUGAAUAGCAGUAAACAGUCACCUAAUAAUAGUAAUAGCAGUAAAGGUCACCUAAUCAUCCCCAGAUUACAAUUGGCUCAGCCCCCUCCUCUCCCCUGUAACUAUUCCCUAGGUCGUUGCUGUUAAUGAGAAUGUGUUCAGUCAACUUACCUGGUAAAAUAAUUUUAAAAAAUUAAAAAACAAAGCCACUGGCCCAGGUAACAUUAGUAACCAUGUUCUGAAGUCCUGUCACAAGGACUUGUCAGGUGUGUUCUGUGAGCUGAAUGCCACCAAGAUCAAAGACCUUGCCAUAGAUGUUUAGGAAGGAAACAUCAGCUCCAAAGGCAAUCAACAUCGGUGACCAGAGCAUUGAACAGGUGGAUGAGAAUAAGUAUCUUUGCACAAUAGUUUACAAUAAGCUAAACUUUGGAGCCAACUGUGGGCAAGUGUUAUCAAAAUGUCAAUCAUUGUUAAUAAUCCAUCUGUUUUACAGUAAUUUUACAGAUGUUUUAUUGCGUCUGUCAUAACAUUUAGUUUAGUUUCCUGGUUUGGCUCCAUCACAUGGGCAAGUCAGAAUACCUUGUGGAAUACCAGUGGUAAGAUUAAAGGGAGAAGCCAAAAGGUGCCCCUGAGACAUUUACUAAUACCACACAUACAAGAGGGGUAAUAAAUAAUUUGGGAUCUAGCACAUCCGCUGAACAACCAGUAUGCAAUACUGCCAUCAGGGUGCAGACUCAAGUUUUUAACUCUUAAAACCAAGAGAAGCACUAACAGUUUUGUACCGGCAUCAGUACGGCUUUUAAAGACAUCAGUUUGUCUCUGUGGAUGGUUUGUCCUCUGACAAAUGAACUGUACAUUUCGGUGACCACUAUUGUUUUCACUAUAUAUUUUACCUCUUGGUGAUGUCAUUCAGAAACAUAAUGUUAACUUUCACUGCUAUGCGGACGACACACAGCUGUACAUUUCGAUGAAACUUGGUGAAGCCCCAAAUUUGCCCCCCUGGAAGCCUGUGUUUCAGACGGGAAGUGGAUGGCUGAAAAUGUUCUACUUUUAAACUCGGACAAAACAGAGAUGCUAGUUCUAGGUCCCAAGAAACAAAGAGAACUUCUGUUGAAUCUGACAAUUAAUCUUGAUGGUUGUACAGUCGUCUCAAAUAAAACUGUGAAGGACCUCGGCGUUACACUGGACCCUAAUCUCUCUUUUGACGAACAUAUCAAGACUGUUUCAAGGAUAGCUUUUUUUCAUCUACGUAACAUUGUAAAAAUUCCAAAAAUGAUGCCGAAAAAUGAAUCCAUACUUUUGUUAUUUCUAGGUUAGACUACUGCAAUGCUCUACUUUCCGGCUACCCGGAUAAAGCAAUAAAUAAACUUCAGUUAGUGCUAAACACAGCUGCUAGAAUCUUGACUAGAACCAAAAAAAUGUAUCAUAUUACUCCAGUGUCAGCCUCUCUACACUGGCUUCCUGUUAAGGCAAGGGCUGAUUUCAAGGUUUUACUGCUAACCUACAAAGCAGUACAUGGGCUUGCUCCUACCUAUCUUUCCGAUUUGGUCCUGUGGUACAUACCUACAUGUAUGCUACGGUCACGAGACGCAGGCCUCCUUAAUGUCCCUAGAAUUUCUAAGCAAACAGCUGGAGGCAGGGCUUUCUCCUAUAGAGCUCCAUUUUUAUGAAAUGGUCUGCCUAUCCAUGUGAGAGACGCAGACUUGGUCUCAACCUUUAAUCUUUCUUAGCGUCCCACCUCGUCGACAGCCAGUGAAACUGCAGGGCGCCAAAUUCAAAACAACAGAAAUCCCAUAAUUAAAAUUCCUUAAACAUACAUGUAUUAUACACCAUUUUAAAGAUACACUUGUUGUAAAUCCAGCCACAGUGUCCGAUUUCAAAAAGGCUUUACGACUCAAGCAAACCAAAAGCUGUGUCAGAUUUCAAAAAAACUUUACGGAAAAAGUACACCAUGCGAUAAUCUGAGUACGGCGCUCAGAGACCAAAACAACCCAAACAGAUAUCAGCCACGUUGUGCAGUCAACAGAAGUCAGAAAUAGCAUUAUAAAUAUUCACUUACCUUUGAUGAUCUUCAUCGGAAUGCACUCCCAGGAAACCCAGUUCCAAAUAAAUGUUUGUUUUUGUUCGAUAACGUCCAUCAUUUAUGUCCAAAUACCUCCUUUUUGUUAGCACGUUCAAUACACAAUCCAAACUCAUGACGCGCGGUCACUAGCAGCAGACGAAAAGUCAAGAAAUUCCAUUACAGUCCGUAGAAACAUGUACAAAACGAUGUAUAGAAUCAAUCUUUAGGAUAUUUUUAACAUAAAUCUUCAAUAAUGUUCCAACCAGAGAAGUCCUUUGUCUGUAGAAUUGCAAUGGAACAGAGCUAACUAUCACGUGAACGCGCGAGACUGAGCUCGUGGCUCUCUGGCAGACCUCUGACUCAUUCCCCUCUCAUUCGCCCCCACUUCACAGUAGAAGCAUCAAACAAGGUUCUAAAGACUGUUGACAUCUAAUGGAAGCCUUAGGAAGUGCAAUAUGACCCCAUAGACACUGUGUAUUCGAUAGGCCAAGAGUUGAAAAACUACAAACUACAAAUUUCCCACUUCCAAGUUCGAUUUUUUCUCAGGUUUUUGCCUGCCGUAUGAGUUCUGUUAUACUCACAGACAUCAUUCAAACUGCCCCCUACCCUAGAGAAGAUGAGUCUUUAUUGAAGACUCAUCUCUUCAGUAGGUCCAAUGAUUGAGUGUAGUCUGGCCCAGGAGUGUGAAGGUGAACGGAAAGGCACUGGAGCAACGAACCGCCCUUGCUGUCUCUGCCUGGACGAUUCCCCUCUCUCCUCUGGGAUUCUCUGCCUCAAACCCUAUUACAGGGGCUGAGUCAUUGGCUUACUUGUGCUCUUCCAUGCCAUCCCUAGGAGGGGUGCUUCACUUGAGUGGGUUGAGUCACUGACGUGAUCUUCCUGUCAGGGUUGGCGCCCCCCUUGGGUUGUGCCAUGGGGGAGAUCAUCGUGGGCUAUACUCGGCCUUGUCUCAGGAUGGUAAGUUGGUGGUUGGAGAUAUCCCUCUAGUGGUGUGGGGGCUGUGCUUUGGCAAAGUGGGUGGGGUUAUAUCCUGCCUGUUUGGCCCUGUCCGGGGGUAUAGUCGGAUGGGGCCACAGUGUCUCCCGACCCCUCCUGUCUCAGCCUCCAGUAUUUGUGCUGCUACCUGUCCCAGACCUGCUGUUUUCAACUCUCUAGAGACAGCAGGAGUGGUAAAGAUACUCUGAAUGAUCGGCUAUGAAAAGCCAACUGACAUUUACUCCUGAGGUGCUGACCUGUUGCACCUUCUACAACAACCACUGUGAUUAUUAUUACUUCACCCUGCUGGUCAUCUAUGAACAUUUGAACAUCUUGGCCAUGUUCUGUUAUGAUCUCCACCCAGCACAGCCAGAAGAGGACUGGCUUACCUUACCAUAGCAUGGUUCCUCUCUAGGUUUCUUCCUAGGUUCUGGCCUUUCUAGGGAGUUUUUCCUAGUGACUGUGCUUCUACACCUGCAUUGCUUGCUGUUUGGGGUUUUAGGCUGGGUUUCUGUACAGCACUUUGUGACAUCAGCUGAUGUAAGAAGGGCUUUAUAAAUACAUUUGAUUGUUUUGAUUGAAAUGGAAAUUGAUGUAUGUUUAUCUUGUAUAUUAUGGCUCUUAUGUUUAUAUGUUUACUAUAUAUAUGUAUCUUAUCUGACUUGCCACAACAAGGGGUUCCUUCUGGAAAAAUAAAGUGAUUAUAUUCUAUAACAGAACCAUUGCAAAGCACCAAAUAUCAGCUCAUGAUCUGUCUCCAGAUUUCAGAAAGUAUUCACGCUCUUGUACUUUUUCCACAUGUUGUUGUUACAGCCUGAAGUUAAAAUGGAUUAAAUUAAGUUUGUAUGUCA